AUGGCCUCAAAUUGGUUUCCCGUAGGCACAGAUAAUGGCAAAGGAUGGAGACUGGACAUUGUUUCCCUUUUGGCGGUGAUUGGGGAGUCGUCGAUGGAGGCACACUCCCAGGCCCUAACCUCUUCAUGGACCUGCAUUCUGCCUCGAAUCAUUCCCGCGCCCCAAGCCCUUCUGAAGCCUAGUCGACCCACUCGAAUGCCCCAGCUUCCUUCACAAGUCGUAGGCGUGCACAAUGGGACAGCGGUCCCCACCUUGAGUUAUUUCCCGAAUAUCAUUCAUCCGAUCGAUGAACAACCCCCAUUGUCGUUUGUGGUCUUCAAGAUCACUCAUAAGGUGAAAGGACCUGUGAAUCCCCCUCCAUCUAGCGCCAAUACAAAUCCUUUGAAAAAAGAAUCAGCUUCGACCAGUAUUGAUAGGGGUGACUUGGGAGACUUGGAAAACGGCCCUACCCCUAAGCGGCGAUCUACUUUCAAGAAGCUCGAGCACACCUUCAGCACCAAGCCAACCUUCAGCACCACACCCCGGCCUCAUAUACCAACACGAACAUAUUCUCCUCUCAGCGUCCUCUCCGUUGUAUCUUGCUUGCUGACAGUGGGACUUCUCAUAUGGGCCUUCCUAAUACCUGAUGGCACAGCUGUUUUGGCACUAGGUACCAUCUCAUUGGCAUCUUCCAUCGUUGGGUACGCGUCUUGGUGGUCUCCUCUUUUGACAAAGCGGAUCUUCAAGGCUAUAGUCCCCCCGGGUGAUGUGGUCAUUCGAACCAGGGAAGGAGCAUUCAUUUUGGUCAAGUGCAAUGAAGACGUGGCCCGAGAGCUCUAUACUGGAACCGAGGAAUGCAAUUACAAGGUAUCGACUCAGGUCUACCGUUUUCUCGUUGGGCUGGGCACCUUUCUACUGAUGGUUUCUGUGGUCCUCUUGGGCAACUGUAACUUCACCAUGCAAGCCGCUAUUGGUGUAAGCUAUAUAGUACUCAAUGGUGCCUUUUGGUUAAUAUCCCUUUUGAACAAAGGCAAAUUUUGGGACCUAUCUGCCUACUUGGUUGAAAAUAUUACGCCGCUUGAUGCGAAGAAUGCAGACAAAGAUUCAACCGAUACUUUUGAGGGCAAGCCUAGCUUCACUCGGACGAUGUGGUAUGCUAUUAGAGAGACGAAGAGAAUUGACUGGGUCAAGAAGAGCGGUGCUGCGCCGACAACACCGCAGUGGGACAAAUGGCUUAACUUGGCGGAGCAGGAAGCACGGAAGGAUAAUCGAAAAUGGAAUGCUGUUGAACAGCGGGAGAAAAUUGUAGGCCAGCUGGAUUCGGUCAGCAGAGACGAUGCGGUGCUGGUUGAUAAUGCCGAACAGCAUGUCCCUGCCCUUCAGGUGGACCUGCCUGCUACGAGGUAA